CCAAGCGACUGACUUAUGGGUGUCCUUGUUAACUCAGAGUUGGGGGAGUCUCUAUCAGAAUUUGGGAAGGCAGUCAAGCUUCUUGGUACUUGUGAGGACGAUGCCCUUGGAAAGGCAUUUUCUGAACUUGGGGCAAAGUCUGAGAUAAUAUCAAUUAAGCUGCAGAAAGAGGCUCACCACCUUUUAAUGAACUUUGAAGAACCUCUGAAGGAUUAUGUUCGAGCUGUGCAAUCUAUUAAAGUGAGUGGGCAAUUCUGCUUUUGAGAAAAUGUGUAUUUCCCCUCGAAAUGGAUGGAGUUUUUCUUUUUGCUGUAGAUG